AGCGCUGUGACGUCGUAACGACGAACUUUUAAAUUUGAUAUUUAAUAUUAUUAUUCAAUUAUCGAAACGUCAUUAUUUCGAUGCCAUUAUGAGUUACGUACGAUGCCGUUCACCCCGAUGACUUAAAAUCACUUAAACAUACACACUACAAACUACGUCCAUAACCAUACUAUAUCCUAUAAGAACCUAUACUUUUACCUAUUUACGUACAUAUAUUGAUUUUAUUUUUUUAUUUAACGUUACGGCCGCGUUUCAUUGUGCAUCAAAACAGAAACUUCAAACCAUUAAAGUACCUAUAAUGUUCGCGAUAUGUAGAUCAGACAUAAAUUGAUAAUAUAAAACAGUUUUAUGACUAAUUUCUAGUGAUGUGUAUGUGAUCAUUAACAAAGAAAGUACCUAUUGCAUGUUUAUAAUGUGACGACUAUGUUUUCUUCUAAAAUUUUCUUAUUACAUUAUUAACUAGUCUAGAUAAAUAUUAUUUAAGAUGUCUGAAGAGGAAGAUGAAGGAUGGAUGAAAGCUUUAGAAAAAGCACUUUGUGAGAAAGAUGAGUCUCCACUUAGUGAAGAAUCUGGAAAUUUUACUGUAAUAGCUAACGAAUGUAGGGGUCAAAUGUGGCGUCAGUUACUGACCCGUGAUGAUGAUACUAUUCAAACUUUGUUAGAUGAAAAACCAAUUAUAAAGAACAUAGAACAGUUGGAGGUUGACUGUCAAAUGUUAAUUGCUUCUUUAGAAAUUGAAGAUGAAGAAGAAAAAUUAAACUGUUUGUCAGACACUGAAGCUAUAUUGGUAACAAUGUGCAAAAUAUAUAAUACAGACACAUAUGAUAUAAGUAAGAGAUGGCCAUCAAUAAUUCGGCCAAUCAUAUCAUUAAAACUACCUCGAAUUGAUACAUAUACUAUGUUCCGCGCGGUCGAUGAAGAGUACUUAGCUAAACAUCAAGACUGUAAUCAUUUAUUACGGAUAUUGUUAUUAUAUCAUGAUCCAGAAUUGUGUAAUUUAUUAGAUUCUCUAAAAUUGGGGCCAGAACUUUAUAGUGACUCAUGGAUACAAACUUUAUUUUCAGAAACAUGUUCUUUAGAAGUAAUUUUAAAUAUUUGGGAUUUAUACUUAGCAAAAAAAGACAGGUUUUUUAUAUUUUUUUUGGCUUUAGUAUUCAUCAUCAAUGCAAGGGAUCAUAUCUUUUCAUUAAAACAUCAACCUAAAACACAAUUGAUAGAAAUUCUUGGGAAUUUGCCAUCACAAUUGGCCAUAGAUGAUAUAAACGAUUUUUGGUCUUUGGCAGAAUAUUAUGAUAAACAAACACCUUCAUCUUUUAUAAAAGAUAUUGCUGGAUAUAUUUUUGACCCAAAGCAACAGGAUAAAGGAAUUUCUCAAAUGUUAUGCCUUCCAAUUAGUGUAACUGAAUUAGUGUCUCAUACAAAUAGGACAGUCACAAACAGUUUGAAAUUUUUUGUAAUGGAUUGCAGACCUGCAGAGCAAUACAAUGCUGGACAUUUGCCUAUUGCCUUUCCGCUAGACAGUACUUUACUUUUGGAAGAUCCUGUUUCUUUUUGGACUGCUGUUGAAGGGCUAUUAUCAUGUCAGAAGCAGAGCUUUGUUGAGGGCCGUUCAGGAGGAGGAGAACAUUGGUGUUUCUCAGGUUGUGGUAGUGGUUUAGAUGCUAACCAAAAUACUCACAUGGUUGUUUCUGCAUUUUUACAAAAACAUUCUCUCUAUGUUUCUAUGCUUAAUGGUGGCUAUCAGGCGCUUCAUGAAUAUUUUGAAAAAAACAAUAUUGAUGGCUUGAGUGAUCAUGAUCGUAAUCGAUGUUCACAGUGUCUAAGUAGUCCAAAUCAAAAUAAAGAACGAUUGACUCAAACAAAUUCAACUAAUGAAUUGUUUUCUAAACUUGGUGUGGCAAUGAGAUCCAAAUCGUUUGAAGUCAAAGGUAAAUUAAUGGAUUUUUUAUCAAGUAAUAACAAUAGUACAAAAAAUGAAAAAACAAAUGGAGGUAGCAAAAGAUAUAGAAAUAUGGCACCAGUUUUUGCAAUAGAUGAAGAUGACAAUAAUCAAGAUUCAGAAGAUGAACCAGAUGAUGCAGCUCAUUAUAAUAGUAUAUCGAUGCUAUUAAAUAAAUCCAAUGUAAUUGCAUCAUUUGAUUGUCAACAUAUCAGAAACGACGGAACAGUAAUUCCAGGGAAAUUGGUGUUGACAAAAAAUAACCUGAUAAUUGUUGAAGUAGACACAAAAGAUUCUAAUAAAAUUUGUUCACUGGUAAAUCAUUCACUAGGAACUAUUUUGAAUAUUAAAUGUCGCAAAAAACGACCAGAUUUAAUUAUUUUUGAAUAUUCUGGACCAGAAAAAGAUAUAGACAGAUUUUUAAUACCACAAUCACAAAAAGCUACUGAUAUAAUAAGCAAGCAAAUAUUGGAUUACAUUGAGCGUACUGAAAGCUGAUCAAUUAUGUACAACUUGCUAAAACGACAUUUUUUAUCUAAAACAAAAUGCAAUACAAUACUUGAUACAAAUAAUAAGUAGUUAAAGAAUACAUUGUUUUAAUAAAAAAAAAAAAUAUUUUAUUAAAAAAAAACUAAUUAAGAUUGCUCAUUUAUUAGCAGAAGUAGCAUGAAAAACAUUAUGCGAAACAAAAUAAAUCUUUACAAGAAAAGUAUAUAAAAUGCAUAUUAUUUUAUAAUUUAUUGUUUUGAAUUCAUUUUAGUUAUUGAAAAAUUUGAAAUAAAUUUUUUUAUUGAAAGGUCGUUUUAAAUUGUUAUAAUUAUGAAAUUAAUGUUAAUUGUUUUAUAUCUACAGUUCAUUAUUCUUAACUUUUUUAAAUAUAAUUAUUUAUAUUAUGAUUUGUUCUUGUUUAUUUUAAUUAGGUAUAUUAUUAGAAAUUUAAAUAAUGUUAUUUUAUUUUGAAUUAUUAAGUUGUUAAAAUUAUGAAAAAACUAAAAAGCCUUAUUCUUAAUAUUUUAAAAACAGUCUAUAAAUAAAGUUUGUAUUAUACUUUCACAUACUUACUUUAAUUAUCUAUUUUCAAGAAUUAAGAACUAAUAGAUUAUUAAAUCUAUUAAUUUACUUGAUAUUAAUAUGAAGUCAAACUGAUAAACUAAUUAAUUGGCCAAUAAGUAUAACAGUUAUGAGUUGUGAAAAUAUUAACAUUAUAAUAGUAAAAAAAAUACUUAUUUCCUUACUUAUUUUUAACUUACACUGAUAUUUAUUUUUGUUAGAUGAAAAGUUUGUUAAUGUUAAUUAUUAUUUGAAGCAUUAUUGAUAAUUUUUUACACACAGUCUUUAAAGAACAUCUUUAUAAUGUUUGUGAUGAGUAGGUAUUAAGUUUCUUGUUAAUAAAUACAUAUUAUAUA